CAGAUGCCAACAUGAGCACCUUUGGGCAGAUCCUGAAGGAGAUUGGGGAGUUUGGUUUUUUCCAGAAACGUUUAGUGGCUUUGUUAUGCAUCCCUACCAUGUUUGUAGGUUUUGAUGUCAUUGUUCAGGUGUUUGCAGGAAUGAGCUUUCCACAUCACUGUAACACUGACUGGAUCUUGGAGCGUGGACCAAACCUGACAGAUGAGAGACAAAGGAAUCUCACCAUCCCGGUCAACAAGGACGGAAAGUAUGAAAGCUGUAAAAUGUUCACACCUGUGGAUUUGGAUUUGGAGACGAUUGAAGCAUAUGGAUUAAACACUACAACUGGGUGCAUAAAUGGAACAGAUUUUGAGGCGCCCAAAGGUGCCGCCAGCAUUUUCACAGACUUCAACCUGGCGUGUGACAGAAGCAGUUUGAUUGAAGCAUCCCAGUCCAUCUACAUGGCCGGUCUUCUGGUCGGAGCGCUGGUGUUGGGGCCGAUGGCUGACAGGUUCGGUCGACGCUUCGUGGUCCUGCUGUCACAUUUUCUCCUGCUGCUGUUUGGUGUCGGUGUUGGUUUCUCACCCAACAUCUAUGUUUAUAUGGUUCUCAAAUUUUUAGGUGGUAUCUCCAUUUCAGGCAUUGUUGCAAACGCAUUUGUGAUAGGUGGAGAGUGGAGUGAUUCCUCCAAGUUUGCUUUCUGCACCAUUAUCUGCCACUCUUCUUUCCCUCUUGGGCUGAUGUUGUUGUCUGGCAUUGCCUAUUUGAUCCCCAACUGGAGGAUCCUGCAGAUGGUGCUCUUCAGCCCUCUUGUACUUGUCCUGGGACUCUUUUACUGGAUUCUCCCGGAGUCAGCUCGCUGGCUCAUCACCCAGGGCAGAAAGGAGGAGGCCAUAAAAGAGAUCCGCAGAGCAGCCAAGGUGAACGGGAGGAAAGUCCCGGAAGAUCUGCUAGACAAGCUGGAGGUUGAGGACACACCUGAAAAAAAAACCAUGUUGGAUCUCUUCAGGAUAUCAUAUCUGAGAAAACGUGCAAUCAUAAUGAGCUACGUGUGGUUUGCAACAAGUCUUCUUUUCUAUGGACUGAGCCUGAAUGUUGGCAAUUUCGGUGUGGAUAUCUACCUUACACAGUUCAUCUUUGGUGCAGCAGAAUUACCUGCACGUCUGGGCAGUUUGCCGCUUAUUCAGCACUUUGGGAGGAAAUUAUGUCUUGCAGGGACCCUGUUGUUUGGAGGUGCUGCUUGUCUUGGGAUACUUGCAAUUCCCAAAGACCUUCCUGUGGUGGUCACAGUCAUAGCUGUACUGGGAAAAUUUGCCGCCACUGCCAGUUUCUCCAUCAUCUAUGUUUACACUGCAGAAUUGUACCCUACUACUCUAAGGCAGAAUGGCGUAGGUCUGAACUCCAUGAGUGCGCGUGUGGCGGGCAUCCUCGCUCCACUGAUCAGGCUCCUGGACGUCUACCAUCACACCAUCCCCAUGCUCAUAUACGGCGUCAUCCCCAUUGCUGCUGCAGGUUUCUCUUUAUUACUGCCUGAAACCCUCAAUGUUGAACUCCAGGACCAUGCUGAGAUCAGGUGA